AUGGCCGGGCUUGUGGGAUAUGCAAGCUCUGAUGAUGAAGGAGAAAAUGAAAAGCCUCAAUUGCAACAGGAGACUGCUCAGGUCGCCGCACAGGCAGCAGCUCCUGAUGCCAUUGAGGCUGAAAAGGAUGAGCCUCGAAUAAGUGAACACUCUCGAUCAGAACCUCUACAGGUCAAUGAGGCACGGCAUUCUAAAGCUGAAUCAGAAGCACUGGAGGAAUCUUCAUCUUUACCGAAACACGACUCCGGUCACCAGCCACCACCACCUACUAUCGGCCCCGUGCUCCAGAGUGCUGUUCCUCUGGGUCCAUCUCUUCCAUCCACCGACGCCUCUAUCAUAAACACCCUCCUAGACCCGGAUGAAUCCCAGGAACCGCCUACAUCUCCAUAUUCAUCAAACCGUGCUUUAAUACACGACCUCACUCUCCCCUCCGUACCUAAUCUUGAUAUCCCACCUUCGCCACCAGGCUCUCCUCCGGCAGGGGCCAACAAGAAAGUUGAUCAGUUUUUGCAACUCAAGAAGAAAGGCGUACACUUUAAUUCUAAACUUGAGCAGUCUACCGCAUUAAGAAAUCCGUCAUUAAUGGAUAAAUUGCUGGACUUUGUCGGUAUUGACGAAGUGGGCCAGUACGAGACGACACUCCCAAAAGAGUUGUGGGAUCCAAGAGGAUUUCCGGAAUGGGCGUUUAGAGACAAGUUAAGCAAGAGCAGGGAAAAGAUUGCCAAAGAGAAAGAGGCAGAUAGGGCUGCUGUUGGUCGAACAGCCAUCGACUUUGUCCAGUCAAAUUCAUCAUCGAGCGGAGCUGCCACUACUGGUGUAUCAGGAGGGCUAAACAGCAGGGGCGAGAAACGAAAAGGGGGCUGGAAAUAA